GAUCAUACGUAGAGAUUCUAAGCCUUUUUAUAUUUAUGUAUAUAUUUUGUUUACUUGUAGCAAUUCAAACCUUCGUAUCGAUGCAACGCUUAAGCUUAAUAUAUCAAUCGAUGGAUUACCCAUUUUCAAGAGCAGCGGCCUUCAAUUUUGGCCUAUACUUGUUAAUGUCCAUGGAAUGCCGGAAGCACCUGUAAUGAUAGUUGCUUUUUAUUGUGGACCAACAAAACCAGCAAGUAUCGAACACUUCCUACGGCCGUUUGUUGAUAAAAUGAAUUUUCUCACAAAAAAUGGAGCAGUCAUCAAAAACAGGAAUGUCAACAUAAAAGUACGUGCCAUUAUAGCCGAUUCCCCAGCCCGAGCUUUUAUCAAAGGUGUUAUCAGUUUCAAUGCACUUAAUGGCUGUUUAAAGUGUGAUUCGGAAGGGAAGAGCAUACGAGGAAGAGUAGCAUACUCCGAGUGUAUCGCUUCAGAUCGCACAGAUGAUGGAUUUAGAAAACGUAUGUAUGGUAGUCAUCAUAAAUUCGAUUCUCCACUGUUAGAUUUAGAUGAUUUCGAUAUGAUAAAACAAGUAAUAGUAGCAGAUAUAUUACAUUUAAUUGAUUUAGGAGUAACAAAACGAAUGGUUGUAGCCAGGAAAUUAGGAAAAUUUGGUGUGAAAAAAAAGUUAACGCCUACACAAAUGAACAGCAUUUCAGCAAUGUUAAUGAAUAUCAAAUUGCCAGCUGAGAUACAUAGAAAACUUCGUUCAUUUAAUGAUUUAAAGUAUUGGAAAGGAAGCGAGUUUUCAUCCUUUUUAUUUUACGCCUCCAUAGUUGUAUUAAAGGAAAUCUUAAAUGAUCAACACUACAAAAACUUUUUGUUAUAUUUUUGUAGCAUUACACUCUUUUCAUCAGAAGUGUAUAAAGAGCAUUUUUCUUUAGCAAAUACCCUAAUUAAACUCUUUGUAAAACAAUAUAAAGAUAUUUACGGACCAGAAUUCAUUUCAAGCAAUGUCCAUAACCUUCUGCAUAUUUACAAAGAAGUCGUUCAAUUUGGUCCACUCCACACCAUCUCUUCUUAUGUAUUUGAGAACGAACUGCAGCGCAUAAAACGUUUCCUACGAUGUGGAUCGAAAAGUUUGGAACAAGCAAUAAACCGAAUUGCAGAAUGGGAGACCUAUAAGGCAGAUCUUGUUAAUGAACAGGUUAAAUAUCUCCUCGUUAAACAAAGGGGUAGUAAAGCUACACUUCAUGUACGCCAAGGAUUUUGUCUUAGAAAUGACUAACAUAAUUCCUUCUUUUUAACCCAAUCAGGUAACGUGCAUCAAUAUGUAAAUGCAGUUGCCCAGGAAUCCACCGUAGAUAUUCAUGCGAAAAAACUAUCUAAAUCGUUUGAUGCUUUCGAUUACCCUUUCAAUUCUAAAUUCAUCAAUGUACAUCAAGGCAAUUUAAAGGAUUUAGAAGAAAAGAAUGUAACGUUAGGCCUGCAUGACAUAAAAUGUAAAUUAGUAUUAGUUUCUCAUAUUGACGAAAAUGAGAAUACUUUUAUCCCCUUAUUACAUACAUUAGUUUAAUAAAUCAUUACAACCAUGUUCUUGAUAUAUAAGGAAUGUUUUAUUGCGUUUAUGAAAUUCAAUUACUGGUUAACUUUGUUUGCCUUUGGCAGCGUCGAAUGAUAUUAUAACUAAUCCAUGUAAAUUAGUAAGUCCAUGUAAUUAGACCUUAAAGUUAUAUAUUAUACAUGAGGCUUAUUGUCUAAUAAUAAGAUGCAUUAAAACUAUGCUUAACUGCUAAUAUUAUUUUCUAUGAUUGUGAUGGGAAAUUUUUACUAAUCCUACUAAAUUUAAACGUUGACCACUAUGCCUCAGCUUAUUUUGUAUGAAUGUUCUUAUUUUGCUAUCUAUAGCGAUAAGACCAUUACACGUUACAAUAUGUUUGUAGAAUUUUAAAAUGUUUGUAUAUUUUACAAACGGAAUUUUGGGAUCUGGGUGACCUAUUCCUGUCCAACUCAUCUGAACCAAAAAAUUUCUAUUAAAUAGCAAGUCCAUGCUAUCGCCCUGUUGCGUCCAGCAACGAGCCCUUUCUUUCUAACCGUUGCCAAAAGUAUCAAGAAACAGUUUUUCUAAUAAUAGAGUACAAUCUUUAAUUAAAAAAUCACUGUUGCUUCUGAGGCUGUUUCUAUCGAAAAAAAGAGCACUAGCGUCCCUUCUUACGCACUUUUAUGCUCUUUUUUUACAACCGAUCGCGGUCGUUACUCCUUUCCGAAGUUCAUCCGAGCCGCCCGCGAUCCUUCGGAUCGGAUGAAUAUCCCUAAACUUGUCCGCAACCGUCUCGCUCGGUCGUUUCGCUCCUCAUUUCGCUCGCUCAUCUGGCGCUGUCAAACGUUGGGCCGUUGUUGUAAACAACACGCCCAAUGCGCAUAUUGGUUGCAUUUUGGUCGGAUAGCGGUCGAACCAGUUUGUCAGCAUGUAAACAGCAGCCUGUUUAGAGUGUGUGGGUGUGUGGUGUGGAUGAGAGGGCUUAUAACCAAAGUUUAGAUUAAAGUGUGUUUUGCAGUCGAUGCAGUUGUGGUGUUUGCGCUUUAAAUUAGUGGCUAAAUUACUUGUUUUCGGCAUAAAUUGUAUGUUCAUCAAAAAUGUGUGCGUUUUAUCGAACCCGCGAUAGAAGACGCGAAAUGUGUUAACAAAAGCAGUGAGAGGAGCAUGGAGAAAGUAGUGUAAAAAACAUGCAAACAAUUGGUAAUAAUGAUACAAUCAAGUUGAUAAUAACAUAACAUAGGUAUUGCUUAACUUAAUUAUUAUUUUUUCAGCUUUAUCCAACGAAAUCUAUUGUCCAGACUUUACGGCAAACGAAGGCAACGAUGCUGCGGGAUCUGUAGCCGGUAACACCGCAGUACGCAUGAAAAGACGCCCCGACGUCGAACGGCAUGCUGAAAAUUCGAUUGUACGACCAGCAGUGCGGUCGUCAAUAAAUGGCGUCAUACGCUGAGAGCGCCAUCUGACGAGUCGGUUAAGGACUGCUGUCAGACGUCGAACAACUGGUCGUACAACCGGUUUUUCAGCAUGCCGUUCGACGUCGGGGCGCCGUUUUAUGCGC